AUGAAUGGAGCUGUAGAAGCCGCCAACAAGAAUAUAAAGAAGAUUUUGAGGAAAAUGAUUGAUAAUCGCAGAGGUUGGCACGAGAUGUUGCCAUAUGCUUUGUUGGGUUACCGAACGACUGUCAGGACAUCAGUUGGAGCUACUCCAUAUUUGCUAGUAUAUGGAACAGAAGUAGUUAUACCUGCAGAAGUUGAAAUACCUUCAUUGAGAAUCAUCCAAGAAGCUGAAUUGAGUGAUAUUGAAUUGGUCCGCAAACGGAUUGAUCAGUUAACGUUGAUUGAUGAGAAGAGAAUGAAAGUAAGAGCCAGAAUAUUCAAAAUUGGUCAAUUAGUUCUCAAACGAAUUUUUCCUCAUCAAGAUGAGUAUAAAGGGAAAUUUGCACCAAAUUGGCAAGGACCCUACAUGGUUCGUAAAGUGUUGUCUGGAGGUGCUUUGGUCCUGGCGGAGAUGGUUGGCACUGAAUGGCCAAAAUCGAUCAACUCAGAUGCUGUCAAGAGAUACUAUGCGUGA